AUGCCCUCAGCUAACACUUUCGCGGAUAUUUUUAAGACUGCAUUGGCUCCAGUUCUAAGCCAGCUAAGCAGCCUAAACAACAACGUCACCACCGUGCUCCAGAGCGGGCACGAAGAAUCAGAUGAGGACGGUGAAACCGCCUCUGUUGACGAGCCCGCCAAUUCUGGGGACAUGGAUGCAGAUGUCUCUGCGCUCCUCGCGGCUGCGGGAACAGAUCAAAACAACGAGGCUAUGCCGGGUGACGAACUUCUAAAAGAACUCGCACAGGACCUGACAGUCAGCGAGAAGACCUCCCCACCCCUUCGCGAAGGGCUGGCGGCCAUCUUCAACAAUCUCUUAUCCGAAAAGAUGGGGGAGGAGAAACUAAAGGCAAAGCUAGACAAAUACCCCCGUCCAGAGAACGUACAGGGUUUGCGCACACCCAAAGUAAACCCUUCGAUUUGGAGCCAGCUCUCCACUGCCCUGAAAGCACAGGAUGUCCGAUCGCAGAAAGGACAAAGCACCCUUAUCGGCGCAAUAACAGCCAUGACAAAGGCCGCCGAUUUGGCUCUGGGAAAAUACAGCCAAGAUAAGGAGCUGAUCACCUUGUUGACUGAUUCCGUUGCAAUGGCACUUCAGUACAACCAUGAGGUUAAUCACUCCCGACGCCUGGCCAUGAAAAAAGAGAUGCAUAAAGACUAUGCAGCCCUUUGUAAUGUGUCCACUGUGGAUGGCUCAUCAGAGCUCCUUUUGGCGACCUGACAAAGUUAGCAAAAGACAUCACCGAGGCCAACAAGUUGACCAAAAAGGUGCGCCCACAACAUUCCGGGAAUUCCCGUGGCCAUGACAAGUACGGUGGGCGCCCAGCGUAUGGCUCGCAGAGAAGAUUUCAGCCUUACCCUAGAGGGAAAACCUCGGAUUUUUUAGGGAAAAGCCGUUUCUCAAAGCCGCCAAGAAAGAAAAAGGACGGCGAAACGAGCCAGCGCCCGUAAAGGUGCCUGAGGUAUGUAACGCAGAUGCGACAUCUUUGUCUAUUGACAUUGUAAAUAGUUUGGUAAAUUCACAACCAAGUUUCCAAGCCGGGAAACUUAAACACUUUUUGCCGCAGUGGCAAACUAUUACAACCGACCCUUCUAUUCUUCAGAUUGUUACUGGAGUUAAAAUUGAAUUUAUAAACAGUGUUGCACCCACGCAACAUUAUGGUAGACCUAGUGUCUUCAACGCUUAUCAGCAUUCAAUUGUCACAGAGGAAAUUGAUACACUGCUCGCAAAAAGGGUCAUUAUCCCCGCGGCACAGGAAACAGGAGAAUUUGUAUCCACAAUAUUCUUGCGGCCGAAAAAAGAUGGCACGCACCGCACCAUUUUAAACCUCAAAGCCCUUAACGAAUAUAUAGCCUACCAUCAUUUUAAAAUGGAUACACUAGAGGCUGCAGUAAACAUGAUGAGACCAGGUUGUUUUAUGGCUUCGGUAGACUUAAAGGACGCUUAUUAUACCGUCCCUAUCCAUCCAUCUCACCAGAAAUACUUAAAGUUCUAUUUUGAUGGUGUUUUCUACACAUAUACCUGUUUGCCGAAUGGCCUAGCUAGUGCCCCGCGCAUAUUUACAAAAUUAUUGAAGCCCGUGUAUUCCACACUUCGGAGUAUGGGACAUCUCAAUUCAGGGUACAUUGAUGAUUCUUAUCUACAAGGAGACACCUCCAAGGAAUGUUAUAAAAAUGUCGUUGACACCGUCACGCUUUUUACUCAAUUAGGUUUUCAUGUCCAUCCUGAGAAAUCAGUUUUCAUCCCUUCCCAGAAACUGACCUUCUUAGGUUUUGUAUUGGAUUCUAUUGCCAUGACAGUUACGCCCACGGAGGAUAAAGCGCAACGGAUUCGGUCUGUCUGUGCUACGCUUUUACAAACACAAAUGCCCACAAUCAGACAGGUCGCAGAGGUCAUUGGCAUUCUGGUGUCCAAUUUUCCCGGGGCUCAGUACGGACCCCUACACUACCGCCACCUUGAACGGGAUAAAUAUCUCGCGCUCAUAGCUAACAAGGGUGAUUUCGCGGGCAAAAUGCAAAUCUCCCCUCCCGCGCUAGCAGAGAUUCAGUGGUGGCACAAUAAUGCUGACACUCUUAAACGAGAUAUUCACCAAGAUCAUCCAAGCGUUUCAAUUCAAUCAGACGCGUCAACACUGGGGUGGGGAGCUGUUUAUGGCACGCAGAAAACGGGGGAGAUGGACCCCUUUGGAACAGGAAUUUCAUAUAAACAUAUUGGAAUUACUCGCAGCAUUUUUGCGUUAAAGUGUUUUUGCAACCAUAUGGGCAACUGCCACAUCCAAAUUCAAAUCGACAAUACGACAGCAUUGGCUUACAUUAACAACAUGGGGGGUUCAAAAUCACAACAACUUAAUGAACUAGCUGUUGAAAUUUGGGAAUGGUGUACUGCACGCAACAUUUGGCUCUCGGCUGUGCACAUAGCUGGUCGGCUGAACACUGGCGCUGAUGAACAAUCACGCGUGUUCUCAGAUAAUCACGAGUGGAUGUUAGACAAACACUCGUUUGACAAGAUCAUGUUGCGCCUCCCGGACUCGAUUUCGAUUUGUUUGCAAGCCGUCUAAACAAUCAGAUAAAUAGUUACUGCUCGUGGCAUGCAGACCCUAGUAGUUCACAUAUAGAUGCGUUCACUAUGAAUUGGAAAGGGCAUCAAUUUUAUGCUUUUCCACCUUUUAGCCUUCUUCCAAGAUGCCUUCAGAAGAUCAGUCACGACCGAGCACAGGGAGUUCUGAUUGCCCUCUCUGGCCAACCCAAACGUGGUUCCCAGUCCUCCUACAGCACCUAUGCGAUCAGCCCUGGAUUCUGCUCUCACGCCCAGACCUUCUACAACACCCGUCACGCAGCGGCCCACAUCCUCUACACAAAAAUCUUCAUCUGAUGGUCUGUCCUGUGUCAGGGGAUCCUUCAGCCGUUACCACCUUCCAGAGGAGGUUACCGACAUUCUCAUGGCAUCUUGGAGAAAAGGCACUCAAAAACAGUAUGCCACAUACAUUAAAAAUGGAUGGCAUUUUGUCGUGAAAGGAAAAUUGAUUGUUAUGCACCACCACUGAGCGACACCCUCCAAUUUCUCACUGACCUAUUUAAUCAAGGACUUAGCUACUCCACUAUUAAUACAGCUCGCUCUGCCUUAUCUACCAUUGUCAUGAUAGACGGGGAGAAAAGUUUUGGCAGCAAUCAUGUUGUUACACGUUUUAUGAAAGGGGUAUUUGAAACCCGCAAACCUAAACCUAAAUACGACAAAAUUUGGGAUGUUUCGGUGGUUCUGAAACAUUUAUCUUCCCUAUACCCCAAUGAAAAAUUGCCUUUAAAGGAUUUGACAUACAAGGCCCUUAUGCUUAUUCUAUUAGUUUCCAGUCAACGGGGACAAUCGAUACACUUGCUAGAUCUUCAGCAUGUUACCAUGGAAGAAGAUAAUUAUUCCUUUGACCUCGCUGAGCAUAUCAAGACUAGUACUCCCAGGAGCCCACAUACGAAGAUUGACAUUUCCGUUUAUGAGCCAGACAGUACAAUUUGCCCUUUGGCCUGUCUGAAAGCAUAUAUUAACAAGACAAAGAACUUGCGUAAUAGCGAAACUCAAUUGUUUAUUAGUUAUGUAAGGCCCCACAAACCUGUCUCUCGGGACACGGUUUCAAGGUGGACUAAAGAAACUCUUAGAAUUUGUGGGAUUGAUACCAAUGUGUUCACUGCACAUAGCACAAGGUCAGCAUCUGUUUCCAAAGCAAAUGAAAAGGACGUCCCUAUCCACGAGAUCAUGGCUAACGCGGGCUGGAAGUCCGCAGAGACCUUUCGUAAAUAUUACAACAAACCUGUUGUUCAAGGAAACAGACUAACUGCCGCUAUUCUUGGCCAGUGA